UCCGGUCCCGGGCCGGGCGCUUCCCGGCGCUCCGCGAUCCCUGCGCAGGCCGAGGCGGCGCCUGAGGGAGAGCGGCCACGGCCCCGCCUCAGCCCCGCGCAUGCGCGGCGCCGGCCCGGCAACAUGGCGGAGCUGGAGGAGCCGAGGCGGCGGAUCCCGCUGGUGCCGGAGAACUUGCUGAAGAAGAGGAAGGCGUACCUGGCCAUCAAGGCCACCCAGGCCAAGCAGGCGCUGCUCAACAAACGCAAGCAGCAGAAGGGGAAGCAGAUCCAGUUCAGGCGCCUGGAGACCUUCGUUCGGGAUUCGUGGCGCAAACGCCGGGAUGACACCCGCCUGAGGCGCAUGGAGCAGAGGCCUGGGCAGGCAGCGGCACCUCAGGAGAGCAAACUGGCCUUCGUGGUCAGGAUUGUGGAUAUUAAGGGAGUGACUAAGAGGGUGAAAAGAGUGAUUGAGUUGCUGCGGCUGAGGAAGAAUUACACCGGGGUGUUUGUGAAGCUGAGCCCGCUGUCGCUGAAGAUGCUGCGCAUCGUGGAGCCCUACGUGGCGUGGGGCCAGCCUAACCUGAAAUCUGUACGAGAGCUCAUCCUGAAACGGGGCCAAGCCAAGAUCAAGAAAAAGAAGGUGCCUCUGACAGACAACAUGCUGAUAGAGGAACAUUUAGGGGGCUGUGGUAUCAUUUGUCUGGAAGACCUUAUUCAUGAAAUCUACUCAACUGGGAAGUAUUUCAAGAGAGUAACCAGCUUCCUGUGGCCUUUCCAUUUGUCGGUGGCUCGCCACGCGUCGCGGAACAAAGUGGGCUUCCUCAAGGAGAUGGGCAAGCCUGGCUACAGAGGUGAUGCAAUCAACCAGCUCAUCCGUCAGCUCAACUAGUCAGGGUUUUUGUGAAAACUUCAGGAUCUAUGACCUGUUCCUUUUCACAUGUAUCUUUCAUGGACAAUUAUCUACAUGCAGUGAUCUGUAUGCAACUUCUCUUGACUGCUGGUGCCUCUAUAAAAGAAGAAAUACAGAGAUGAUGAUGGAGAUGGACUUUGGGCUGGCCCUUCUUAAAGAAGAUAAAUUCUAUUUGGUACAAGAAUGAGCUUCUUGGAGCAAUUUCACUUUUGCAUCUCUGUAAAAUAAGUGUUUGUUAUGCUCACUACUACAGACUUCACUCUUUGACGUGCACGUGCUUCUGGGGGUGAAGGGUUAGUGGAGUCACAAUUGUCCUAACAGGAAAACACCAAGGUAUUCCUCUGUUACUGCAGCACAAGCCCUGGCAGUGAAUAAUGUCACUUUUUAAGUACCUAGAUGGUAUUUAUUUUUAAAAAUUAAGGGUUUUUUGCUCCCGAUUCAAAGAGCCUUUUUUUUUUUUUUUUUUUGGCAAGCCUUCUUUUUUUCUUUUUUUUGGCAAGCCUUCUUUUUUUCUUUUUUUUUUUUUUUAACUUCUGUGAGAUUGGGACUGCUGGGGAGAAUUAUUUCCUGGAGAUCGGAAAGCCCAACAAAGUUGUAAUACAGUCAUGGGAUGGGGUAUAUGUAAUUAUGUUUUUUUAAAUAAACUUCUGAAAUUAUAUUAUUAUAA